GCUCUAUGUCCAACCUGAGUCAGGUGCGGGGAGAUGCUCGGUUCCAUUCAGUCCCUUGGGGGGACCUAGGAUGAUGGAAGCUGUACCGUCUGGAACACGUGGCUUCUCCUCUCUUCACCAAGGACAGCGUGCUGGAGGGUCACAGAUGUCAUGGCACCCCCAGUACCGGAGCUCCAAGUUCCGCCACGUCUUUGGCAAACCAGCCAGCAAGGAGAACUGCUACGACUCGGUGCCCAUCACCCACAGCGUCCACGACAAUCACUUCUGCGCCGUGAACCCCCACUUCAUCGCCGUGGUGACCGAGUGUGCUGGAGGGGGCGCCUUCCUCGUCAUCCCCCUGCACCAGACAGGAAAGUUGGACCCCCACUACCCAAAGGUCUGCGGGCACAGAGGGAACGUCUUAGACAUCAAGUGGAACCCUUUUGACGACUUUGAAAUCGCCUCUGCUUCUGAAGAUGCCACGAUCAAGAUCUGGGCCAUCCCCAAGCAGCUGCUGUCCAGGAACUUCACAGCCUACAGGAAGGAGCUGGUGGGCCACUCCCGCAGAGUGGGCCUGGUGGAGUGGCACCCCACGGCGGCCAACAUCCUCUUCAGCGCGGGCUAUGACUACAAGGUGAUGGUCUGGAACCUGGAUACAAAGGAGUCUGUAAUCAUGAGCCCCGUGAAGACAAUCGACUGUCACCAAGACGUGAUCCUCUCUAUGUCCUUCAACACCAACGGCAGCCUGCUGGCCACCACCUGUAAAGACCGCAAGAUUCGGGUUCUCGACCCCCGAGCAGGAACCGUGCUCCAGGAAGCCAGCUACAAGGGGCACCGGGCCAACAAAGUGCUGUUCCUGGGGAACCUGAAGAAGCUGCUGUCCACAGGCACAUCCCGGUGGAACAACCGGCAGAUUGCCCUGUGGGACCAGGACGACCUCUCCGUGCCUCUCACAGAGGAGGACCUGGACGGCUCCUCCGGCGUGCUGUUCCCCUUCUAUGACUCGGACACCAACAUGCUCUACGUGGUGGGGAAGGGAGACGGGAACAUCCGUUACUAUGAGGUGAGCGCCGACAAGCCUCACCUGAACUACCUGACGGAGUACCGCUCCUACCACCCCCAGAAGGGGAUCGGUUUCAUGCCAAAGAGAGGUCUCGACGUGUCCACCUGUGAGAUCUUCCGCUUCUACAAGCUGAUCACAACCAAAAGCCUCAUCGAGCCGAUAUCCAUGAUCGUCCCCCGGCGGUCGGAAUCCUACCAAGAGGACAUCUACCCGCCCACAGCAGGGGCCCAGCCCUCUCUAACGGCCAGGGAGUGGCUCAGUGGGAUAGAUAAAGGGCCUGUCCUGGUGUCCCUUCGGCCCGGCUCCGAGCUGCUGAGCCCUCGGCCUCUGCCCCCGGAAAGGCCUCUCUCCAACUCCCUGGCCCCUGCCUCGCCUCACCUCCUGGACCGGACUGAAAUGCUGGCGGCAGAAGAUGGCCGGAGGCCCUUCUCUCUGCUCGAGGAGAAGGCGCCAAGGUGGACGGCAGAACACAGGCUGGAGGAGAAGAAAACGUGGCUCACGAAUGGCUUUGACAUCUUUGAAUGCCCCCCACCAAAGACAGAGAACGAGCUGCUGCAGAUGUUCUAUCGGCAACAGGAGGAGAUCCGAAGACUCCGGGAGCUGGUGACCCAGCGCGAGGUCCAGGCCAAGCAGUUGGAACUGGAGAUCAAAAACUUGCGGAUGAGCUCAGAAUGGUCCUGAGCAGAGGUCUCUGCCCUCCUCGCCCUCAGGGACACCACUUGGCUCCAUGGGGAGGUCCAGAACCAAACCACAAGUCCCCCGAGAACAACCGCUAUUUCUACAUUUUUUUACCAGAACAUGAAACUCCGUCGCCGCAAGUUUCCAGUGGAACGUGGUGCCGUUUUCUAUUUGCCUUCUCGAAACAACGGUGUCUGAAUUGACUCUUUUUAGAGGA